AUGGAGAACUUCGGUUACAAGGAAGGCUCAUCGAAGCCAACGCGGCGCCUCACGGCUAAGUCGAUGAAGCGCCGCAACUCGCAGAUUCCAAUCAAGCCCAGGUUCUCGAUCUCACCCGAGCUCAAUGCGCAUUGGAUGACGGAUCAAGAAGCGAUGGUGACGGAGGAUUUCGAGUACAUGAAGAUCGGUCCAUCACCACCUGCCGAGAGCGCGCCGAUCAUCUUCGAUAGCUACGAGGAGACUGGACCGGAGUUCGGUAUCGAGUUGUCAGCUGACUCGAUUCGUACUUCACUUGUGGAACAGCUCCGACAGGCGGGUGGACGCGUGCAACUACUGGACGGUAUCGAACAGGGCAAUAUGGUGACGGCAAACGUGCAGGAGUUCCUUGGAGGUGCGAGCAAGUCGGAGAAGAAUCUCUGCUUGCUAUGGGCUGCGUUUGUGAAGCGUUGGGACUUGCUCGAGCCAUUGAUGGAGCAUGGUGCCGAGCUGGCGUAUCACGACUCGAGUGGAUUCACCGCACUACACCUGAGCGCAUUCAGCGAUUGCUUGAACUGUGCGAGUGUUCUUGUAGCGAAGGGUAUCGACGUCAAUCUGCAGCCAAAAGCGUACACACCACUGCAAUGUGCUGCCUUUGGAAAUGCUGCCCACACGGCGUUGUUCCUGCUUGGUAAAGGAGCCCGACCGGAGUUGAGUACACGUCGACCUGGAGGUGAGGAGUCGCUGUUACACUGUGCCGUCCGGGCGAACGCUCUCGACUGCGUAAGGCUGCUGAUCGCAGAGGGAUUGGACGUGAACGCGACCAAACCGAGUGGCAUGAAUGCGAUUCAUCUAGCAGCUGAUCUUGGGCAUGUUGACUGUCUUCGGAUACUACUGGCAGCGCCCGGUGCUGACGCAAACGUGCGUAUAGGUAUCCGAGAGAAGGAGUCAACCGCUCUACACCUUGCUGCAGAUGAAGGAAACGCGGCAUGCGUGGCUCUGCUACUCGAGCAAGGUGCCGUCGCUGGGUUGAAGAACCAUAGGGGUUUUACACCACUCCACCUCGCAUCACGCACGUCGAGCUUGGAGUGUGUGGAACUACUGCUGCGAGUCGGUAGCGCUGACCCGAACGAGGAGGACUUCGACAUGCGAACACCUCUGCACACCGCGAUUGGACGUUCGGAGUCAGCGUUCCACAUCAUCGAGAUGCUGAUCUGUUGGGGUGCGGAUGUUAACAAGAAGGAUGUGUUUGGGUUUACUCCCCUCCAUCUGGCUGCACUGGAUGGACUGGCGCACUGCGUUGAGAUACUGCUGUUCUACGAUGCGGAUGUAACUGCGAAGACAAAGAAAGGCACGACUGCGCUGAACGUUAUCACGCGCAAAACACCUGCCUCACUUGCGAUGAUCACGCAGAAGUUUGACGAUGCGAUGACACUAAGCCACUCACAGCACCCGUCUGAGAAGGAGGUUGAGCUUGAGCUUGACUUCCGCACAAUCCUUCAACACUGCUAUCCUCGGGAGAUCAGCUACCUCAAUACGCUCGUCGACGAGGGCCAGAAAGAGAUGCUGCAACACCCACUCUGUUCGGCUUUCAUCUACAUCAAAUGGGGCAAGAUCCGGAAGUACUACAUCGCCCGGUUGCUAUUCUGCUUCAUUUUCAUCCUGUUUCUCACGCUGUAUGUUCUGACGGCACUGGCACACAACUGUUACAACGGUAGCAAGGACAUGGAGGAGACCAUUCAAGAGCAAGAGCUAUGUCAGAAGCAAUCCAUCCUCGGCAACAUGCUACGCCGGAAUCCGUUCGUGAUGGAGAUGCAAUGGUUGGUUCUGGUCGCGAUCACGUUCGUUGAGAUCUGCCGGAAGCUGUACGGCAUCACUGGGUACUCGUCGAUCCGUCGGUACGUCACACAAAUGGAGAACAUCACAGAGUGGUUCAUUAUCGUGAGUGUGUUCGUCAUCUCGUACAUCUACACCAAGCGCACGUACACGUGGCAAAACCAUAUCGGCGCGUUUGCGGUCUUACUCGGCUGGACGCACUUGAUGGUGAUGAUUGGACAGUUACCGGUGUUUGGUGCAUAUGUCGCGAUGUACACAAAAGUCCAGGUCGAGUUCGCGAAGCUGUUCAUCGCGUACUCGUGCAUGCUGGUCGGUUUCACUAUCAGCUUUUGCGUCAUCUUUCCAUCUUCGUCAUCAUUCGAGAACCCGUUCAUGGGAUUCAUUACCGUACUUGUUAUGAUGGUCGGUGAGCUCGACUUGGAGCUGUUGAUCAACGAUCCAGACGGUAAGGAUCCACCGUUCAUGCUGGAACUCAGUGCCCAGAUCACGUUCGUCCUGUUUCUGCUGUUUGUCACCGUCAUCUUGAUGAACCUGCUCGUCGGCAUUGCGGUCGAUGACAUCCAAGCACUCAAGAAGACAGCCACUCUGUCGAAGCUGGUCGGCCAGACGAAGCUGAUCUCGUACAUUGAGUCAGCUCUCUUUAACGGUUGGCUCCCAAAUUGGCUCCGAAGUCUGUUGCAUUACACCGCACUUGUAUCUCCUCGGGCCUACCGCGUUAUCCUCAGUGUGAAGCCACUCAAUCCGGAAGAGAAGAGACUUCCGCGCAACAUUAUGAUGGCGGCUUAUGAGAUUGCAAAAGAACGCGAGCAGCAGUUGGCCGCAGCAGGUGAACCAACGGUUGUAGGACCGGCUGGUUCUCCCGAAACGUCCUCAGCUGGACCACCUGUCGAGGGUCAACCAGUUGAGACAACGGAGAUGCGAGUUCCAGAUGGAUUGGAUACCCUCGCAUCGAAGAUUGACCAGAGUACCGAGCGAAUGAACGACGUUACGCGUGAGUUACAAGAACUCCGAGCGGUGCUCAAGCAGAACCAGCAGCUGAUAGACGAGAUCGCUCGACAGGUCUGCUCAGGUCUCAAAGAGUAG